AUGUUCAUCUUCCUCAUUUUUCUAUUUUUUGCUUCUUCUAAAAUCAUCCUCGCUGAUGACGUGGCAAUUCGAAUUGCUGACGAAAUUAUGAACAAUAUUAGAUUAUCCCAAAUGAAUUCAAGAUUCACCAAAGAACUUGUGCAUUCUUUUGCAAGUGAAUCUAUUUCGGUUAAAGAUUGUGGAAAAACUAUGACAACAUUAAGUCGUGACGAGAUUGUCGAACUUUUCCAGAAAAAAGCGGAGAAAAACGAAAAAGUUUCUGUUGGUAUUGUAUUUCGAGCAAUGUUUAUGUUGAAUGAAAAAGAAAUUGUAUGGUAUACGAUUGCUGAUGAAUUGAAAACAAUUAAAAUGAAUAUGUACAUUGGGAGAAAAAAUGAGGAAGGGGUUUAUUUAUUGAAAUAUCGGGAAUCGAUAUGUUUUAAUUAG